GGCGGUGGAGUAGAGGGGGCAAGAGACGACGCAGACGGAAUAGAUGCUGGGUGGAAGCGAUAUCAACGCUAUGAAUGGUCCCGAUCGGGCGGUGGAUCGCCGCAAGCGACGAAGCGCCUGUUGAAGGUUGCCCCUGAAGAGCGCCCAAGUGAUGUUGAACGGUUGUCGAAAUGGGAAAUCGUGUCUAAACCCCGCCGCAUACCGCCAGUUGAUCUUCGGGGACGGAGCCGUUGAGUUGGGGUGGAAAUGGGUGAGGUUGGGUUUGCAGCCUUUUAUUUCCUAUUGCUUCCAUCCCAAUUGUCCCAAACUGCUGAUCAGCCGGCAAGAUGCGCACGUCAGCUAUCCGCGAGAGGGAAGCAGAAAGAAGGGUGGCGGUUGAUGCCCAUGAUCGGGCCAGGGAGUGUGCGUACGCCAGAGAAGUACCUGAUGGAAUCUGUAAGCAUAAUCAACGCCACACGCGGCGUACGCAUGCGUGUACACAGGUACCGCGUAGGGAGGAGGAUACCUCCUCACGCACCGCCUCUGUGGCGUUUCUAUAAAAUAUACCGCCUGGGAAAUUGAUGAGCGGGUUGGUCCAUUCCGUCGAUUCUGUG